AUGCUUUUUAAAGAAUUUUUAGAACCCAUUCUUGCUGCAUCAGAACAACUGCAGAAUGAAUGUUCUGGAACGGAUUCUUCAAUAAGGACUAAUAGUCUUUUACAUUACGCCCAAGAUAUUGCUAUAAAGUUAAAUGUUGAACCAAAAAUACCUCGAACAUGCAGCAAUCAAAAAAAUAGAAGCAAUGUCCCGUUUAAUAAUAUUGAAGAUUUUUACAAAAAAACUAUUUUUAUACCGUAUUUAGAUGAUUUAAUAAUGGCAUUAAAUAAAAGAUUUUUACCUCAUAAUGAAACUAUAAUUUCAUUACAAUUUGUCUUACCUCGUAUUAUAGUUGAAAAACCAUUUUUUAAUUUAAAAAAAGCUGUCGAAUUUUAUAAAAGUGAUUUACCUGGGCUAAACGACAUUAUAGAAGCAGAGGAUGAAAUUUGGCAGGCUAAAUGGAAAAAUAUUGAAGAAAACUUAAGACCUGCAACUGCUAUAGAAGCUCUAAGAGCCUGUGAUCGUUUAAUGUACCCUAACAUAUUUGAAUUACUAAAAAUACUAGCUAUAAUUCCAGUAUCCACCGCUACGGCUGAACGCAGCUUUUCGACUAUUAAAAGACUUAAAACAUAUUUAAGAAAUACAACUUCUGAGUCCAGACUAGUAGGACUAGCACUUUUAUCCAUUCACCGAUAUAUUGAUGUAAAUGAUGAUAUGGUAUUAGACAAAUUUGCCAACAGUGGUAAAGAGAGAAAUUUGAAUUUAAUAUAA